GCCCUCCCUUCCUAGAGUGGCACUCACAGCAUCCCGCCUCCCGCCCGGUAUCGUGUUUCAUACACCGUAAGUUCGGCGGAUGCGCGCAUCCGCGGUCUGACCCAAAUCGCAGUGUGUGGAAUAUCUUCGACUGAAGUGCUUGUUCACGCUGGUGUGCUGCUGGUGGGAAGUCGCCCACUCAGCGGUUUAGAGAUCAGCUGGCCUCAGCUGCUGUUCUGGUUGCCAUCCGAAGCUCGGACCAGGGCGAGAGGUCCUGGAGGAGAGGUGGUUGAAUUGCGGAUCAGUGAGGGAUCUUGUAGUGGAUUGCCGGCCAGGUUGACGUGCGGGGCGAUAGUGGUGGCAGCUCAAGAUGGCGGACCAGUCGGCGUCUGGAGUGGGAAACAAGAACGCCAAGGGCGAUCCCGGAACGUCCAUGCAUGGCGUGACGGGAAAGGAGCCCGUGUACGCGUUCUCCGUUCUCCAGGCCGCCAAGGCCAAGCCAGACCCGGAUGCGGCGAAGUUCGCACUGCCGGUGGACUCUGAGCACAAGGCCACGACGAUGAGAAUUUACAGCUUCAGGGCACCGCACAUGCUCACCUUCCACCUGUCUUGGUUCUCUUUCUUCACCUGUUUCUUGUCGACGUUUGCGGCGCCUCCGCUGAUUCCCGUCAUCCGGGACAACCUGAAUCUCGACAAGGGAGACAUUGGACAUGCUGCCAUCGCGUCGGUGUCUGGCUCGAUUCUGUCCAGGUUGCUGAUGGGAAGCAUAUGCGACCUGAUUGGCCCGCGGUACGGGUGCGCAUUCCUGGUGAUGAUCAUUUCGCCAGCCGUGUACGCAAUGGCGUCGGUGGAGACGGCUGCGGGAUUCACAGCGGUGAGGUUCUUCAUCGGGUUCUCGCUGGCGACGUUCGUGUCUUGCCAGUACUGGAUGAGUUCCAUGUUCAACGGCAAGAUCGUGGGAACCGCGAACGGGAUUGCCGCGGGUUGGGGCAACCUGGGGGGCGGGGCGACGCAAUUGAUCAUGCCGCUGGUGUACGCGUUGAUCAAAGACAGCUUUAAAUCCCCAAGCUUCACGGCGUGGCGCCUGGCGUUCUUCCUGCCCGGCGUGAUGCACACUACGAUCGGUCUGAUGGUGUUGUUUCUGGGACAAGACCUUCCCGACGGCAACUUCAAAGAGCUGGAGGCGCAAGGAACCAAGGCCAAAGACAGCUUCAGAAAGGUGUUCGUGAAUGCUGUGACGAACUACAGGACGUGGAUUCUCUUGAUCACGUACGGGUACUGCUUCGGAGUGGAGCUGACCGUGGACAACAUCAUUGCGGAGUACUUCCACGAUCGGUUCAACCUCAGUCUGUCCAGCGCUGGAAUCAUUGCGUCCAGCUUCGGGUUCAUGAACAUUGUUUCUCGGCCGCUGGGAGGGAUUCUGUCGGACAUUGUGGCGGUGAGGUUCGGAAUGCGGGGACGGUUGUGGAACUUAUGGAUCAUCCAGACGCUGGGAGGCGUGUUCUGCAUUAUUCUGGGCAAGACGGCUGCGCUGGGGCCUGCCAUCGGGGUCAUGAUCGUGUUUUCGUUCUUCGUUCAGGCCGCUUGCGGAGCCACGUUCGGAGUGAUUCCGUUCGUGUCCCGGCGGUCGCUGGGCGUGAUCUCGGGGUUCACCGGGGCGGGAGGCAACCUGGGUGCGGUGAUGACGCAGACGAUAUUCUUCACGCAGGCGACGUACCACACGGAGGUGGGGAUCGAGUACAUGGGCAUCAUGAUCAUCUGCGUCACGGCGUUGGUGUUGUUCGUGUGGUUCCCUCAGUGGGGAGGCAUGGUCUUCCCGUCGUCGAAGAUGUCGGAGGAGGACUACUACGCGUCGGAGUACAGCGAAGGGGAGCAGGAUCAGGGGAUGCAUGAGGCGAGCAUGAAGUUUGCGGAGAACUCGAAGUCGGAGCGAGGGAGGAGGAAGGGCAGCAACAGUCCUCCUCAGGACGCGAAGCCUGACGGGCUGAAGGGCAUCAAGGAGGGCGCCGAGGUGUAGGUGGGAGGCCGCUCUGCGUCGGAUGGGACGUCGACGCACUCGCUGUGGCACAGAUGGAAGCUCGGCGUGUUUCUGUGGAUCAAAGUACGGGGCAGCUGCAUUUCCGGCCAGUUUCGUAGCAUUCACCGCACCCUGAGUUUGGUUUGGGGCGGGCGGAGUCGUGCCCUCGUUGGCGUUUUCGCACGAGGGUUUGGCAGUGCAUGGAGGGGGAGAAGAACGCAGGUAUCCCGCGGGGGAGGGUGGGAGCUGAGCAAAGGCCAGCACCUGCGGACAGUGGUUGAAUAACCAGAUGAGAAGCAAUGCGCCGGGAUUAUGUCAAGGACUUGUGGGUCUCAAGCCGCGUGCCAUCUCGGGGUACCCUGGUCUGUUGGGGUCGGGGCUUCACGGCCGGAGGAGAGGGAUGGGAGGUACGUGCUGCCAUGCGGAGGACGAAGGCAAAGCUGACACGUCGGAGUGGUCGAGGGCAGCGGCCCUGGUAGAUCGGGGUGGCAGAACAAGUGAAUUGAGCUGUGGAUGAGCGAUUGGGAACUGCAUCUGUGGCGAUGGUGGAACAGGCGGUGGGGUGCGGGGGUGGGAUCUGGUGGGGAGAGUGACAUGCAGUGGAUGAGUGCGCAUGCGAAGGGCCUGGGCCCGCCAGUUGCUUGGACUGGUUAGGGGGUUGUUCUCGUCAUAGGUUGUGUUAUUUGUACUGGUAAUCUUGUGUACAUAGUUCUGGGUGUAACUUGUAUUUUAUGAAAUCUAUUGAUGCAUCAAAGUUCACAAUACUUUGGUUUCAAGUUUUCUUUGA